UAGGUCAUUUUUGUGACCAGUGAUCAAUCAUCGUGUCUGCAUCUCCCUCCGCCCCUUCAUCUCACCUCUCUCCACCACGCCACGUCAGCAUGCAGCAGCCUCCCGCGGCGAGCCAAUGGGGGGGAUCGCAGGGAGCGCAGCCCGCGAGCGGCGCAGGCGCAGGCGCAGGCGGAGCGGAUGAGCCGCGGACGCUGUGGGUGGGCGACCUGCAGUACUGGAUGGACGAGACUUACCUCUGGAACGCGUUUUCAUCCACCGGCGAGGUCGUUAACGCCAAAAUCAUCCGCAACAGGGCGACGGGGCAGCCCGAGGGGUACGGGUUCGUGGAGUUUGCGCGGCACUCCGCAGCGCAGCACGUGCUGACGACCUUCCAGGGCACGGCCAUGCCGCAGGCGGAGCAGCAGCCUUUUAGGAUCAACUGGGCCGCUUUCGGUGCAGGGGAGAAAGGCGGCGGGCGACCAGCGGAUGGCCAGGAGUUCUCCAUAUUCGUGGGCGACCUCGCCCCGGACGUCAACGACUAUCUGCUGUCUGAAACCUUCCGCUGCCGCUACGGCUCGGUCAGGGGAGCAAAGGUGGUGGUUGACAAUGUGAGCGGGCGCACCAAGGGGUACGGCUUUGUGCGGUUUUCAUCAGAGGAGGAGAGGGAACGCGCGCUUCACGAGAUGAACGGCCAGAUGUGCUCCUCGCGCCCCAUGCGCAUCAGCAUCGCCACACCUAAGAAACCGGGGGCUCCUGGGCAAGGUGGCAUGCAGGGAGGCGGGCAAGGGGGAGGGGCGGGGGCAGGCCCUCGGCCCCAGCCGCAGGGGCCGGGAGGAGAGGACGACCCCACCAACACCACGAUUUUUGUGGGGGGGUUAGACCAGAGUGUGACGGACGAGCAGCUGAGAGCAGUGUUUGGGCCGUGGGGCGAGCUGGUCUAUGUCAAGAUCCCCUUCGGCAAGGGGUGUGGCUUCGUGCAAUUCAGACACCGAUCGCAGGCAGAGGAGGCAUUGAGGAACAUGCAUGGAACGGUCAUUGGCCAGCAGACCGUGCGGCUCUCAUGGGGCCGCAACCCCGCAUCCAAGCGCACCUCAACUUACCCUUCCCAGGGCUCUCAGUGGCAGCAGCAGCCUCAGCAGCAGCAUGAUCCCAAUGCAGCAGCAGCAGGUGGUUGGGGCGCUGCUGCUGGUAACACCGGUUACUAUGGAGGGUACAGCGGUUACGAUGCUUCAGGGGGUUACAACCAGGGAGCGUACGCUUCAUACGGUGGAUAUGGAAGUUACGGGGGCUAUCAGCAGCAGGCUUGGCCUCAAGCCCAGGCUGCUCCACCACCAGCUGCAGCAUCCCCCGCCACAACACCAGCACCACAAGGCGCAGCAGCAGCAUCAGCUUCUGGCUUUGCAGCUGGAGUGACACCAGAACCCUUCGAUCCCCAGCGACCCCCUGAUGUGGAAAAGAUGAAUGCUCACUAUAUGGCAAAGCAUGAGGGGUCACUCAUCCCUCACCAUGUUUGGUUCAAAUUGCCAGAAUCAGCACCUGCAUAGGAAGUGCAGCUAUGAUCUGUCCAUUCCACUUCGUUAGGAACAUUUCUAUCGUCACUGAUGUUUCUGUCAUUAGCGCUAUUGGACUAACAAAAUCAACUGUUCAUAUCUGGCAUGGGAAUU